AUGACCGACCUCACGCUGUCGACGGAUAGCUUUACACAGUACAAUGCGGUCGACAUCAUCUCGCCUUACAUGUGUUCUCUGGCAAGAGAUAACUACUUGCGACAUGUGAUGCCCGUCGCUGGUCGCAAGAACGCCUCGGUAGAUGACAAGAUUACUGGCGAGGCGAAUGUCGGCAAAGUUGCAGCAAGGUACGACCUUGAUCCAUACAGUCUCGCUGUAGAGCAGAGACGGUCGGAAAAGGUGCGUGGCGAAGUGGCGAGGCUGGCGAAGGAGCUACCAGAGACAAUCCUGGAGUUGGGCGCUUUCCAUCCGCUCUUCUCGCUAGGUUUGGACGCGAGGAAGAACAAGUACCUCGCCCAAUGCCUGUUGUUGCUCGAAGCUUCUCCCGAAGCGGAUGGCGAGAACACCAUGGAGAUGUUGGUCACAGCAGGAACCGCCGAGAUCUUUCACGAUCAGAUUAAGCUGUUCGUCCGCAACCUCCACGAUUUGCAUCAGCAGGACGCCAAGAGCGGAGUCAAGGUCAGUCUCGUAGAGUGCAUAGACUGGCACCACGUCUUUGCGUACAUGAACUUGCCGGGGAAAGUCAAGGCUCAGGUAGAUGAUGUAGCAAAGAUGUUCAUGCUCGCUUGA